AUGCCUGGAGCUGACAAUAAGAGGCGUUUUUCCACGGGUGCGGACAACUCCAGUCGUUUCGCUCCAAAAUAUAUCAAACACGCUCCACAUCCUUUCGCAAAAGCCACAUCAUUUGAUAGCGGAACGCAGUUGCCAGGUACUCCUGAGGUGCUCGGCAAUGUGAAAUUUUACGUUUUCACCAAUGACGGCAAGUUUUUCCUUUGA